AUGGGCUGCAGCAGAUGCACAGAGCUAACAGAGCGAUUCCAGAUUGCCCCUGAGUUCCUGAAACGCAUGAAGCGCGAUCCCUCUGGCAAAGGGUUCACCCAUCUUGGCAAGGAUGGCGUACUGCGUACCAUCUCGGGUGAUUAUGAGGUUCUUGACGCGCGUGGCCUUGACCCUGAGCAGAUCAAGUUCUUCUUGGAUUGGACGCCUGACGAGCUGGUCAAGAAAGAGGAGUUCGAUAACGUGGAUGGUACAAAAGUGACAGGUCACGAAGCACUAUUCCAUCCAGCGCCGGGGAUCUUGCUGAAGAAACCCGAGGGUCUAUAA